AUGUCGUCGUCGCUGAUGAGAAGAGAAAUUGUUUGUUUGAUACUUCAGUUCUUGCGUGAACACAACUACAAUGACACUAUUCACACAUUGGAAAAGGAGUCAGGAGUUUUCUUCAAUAUGACCUACUUUAAGGACAUUGCGGCAAAUGGUGAAUUGGAUGAGGUUGUGAAGUAUUUGCCUGGCUUUACAAAAUCCGAUGACAAUGAAUACUCAAGACUCAUGUUCUUUGAGAUUCGUAAGCAGAAGUACCUUGAAGCACUAGAUCGAGGCGAUAUAGCGAAGGCUGUGGAAAUUCUUAAGGAAUUGAAACGCUUCUCCGAAUUUGAUGACACAACUGUCAAGGAUCUUACGUAUCUUUUGACUUUGGAAAACUUUAGCCUCACGAAGCAGUAUUCAAGACAGGUAAUGCUUGAAAAGUUAAAUAACUGGGUGCUGAAAAACCCAGUCUUUCAUGACAAACUUCAGUUUCCUAAUCUAGAUGAUUCAAGGCUGACGACAGUAAUCAAUCAGAGUUUAAAUUGGCAGCAUUAUAUGUGCAUUAGUCCAAAGCCUUACCCUGAUAUAAAAACCCUCUUUAUGGACCAUAGUUGCGAGCCACCUAAUGUCAAUUGUGAUCCUUCUGCAGUAACUAAAAAUAUCGGGUUUUUCACCAAGGAACCUGUGAUAUUCACAUCUGCUUCAAGUUCAAACACUAGAAUUAAUGUUGGGAUUGCAGAUGGAAGGGUGCAACUUUUUCCAGAUGCCAGGCAGAAUGGAGAUACUCAAUUUUUGCCAUGUGUGAAAUCAAGAGUCAUCGAUGAGUCACAGAAAUAUAAGAUCUGGCGGCCAAUUGUAAUCAAUCAAUCGUCUGGACUUCGUGCCUUGCGACUUCAAGAUAGUCUUUCACCAGAAAAGGUUGUUAAGUUGAUGUAUACACAUGCAGGAUCUGCGAUAAUAGCAUUGGCUAAUAAUGCCAUGCACAAAGUAUGGAAGUGGCAGAAAAAUGAGAAAAAUCUAAGUGGAAAGGCAACUAGUGCUGUGCCACCACAAUUAUGGCUGCCAUCUAAUGGCAUAAAGAUGAGCAAUGACAUCGAGAAGAUAAACAAAGAAAAUGCCCUUCCAUGUUUUACUCUUACGAAAGAUGAUGCCCAUCUUUUGUCAGCAUCAGGGGGGAUGGUUUCCUUAUUCAUGAUGCAGUCGUUUAAGGUAGAAUAUACAUGCUGCCCCCCACCUCCUGCAGCAACUUGUCUUGCCUUCCAUCCAAAGGACAAUAACAUUAUUGCAAUCGGCAUGGAUGACUCUUCAAUUCUUGUCUAUGAUAUCAAGUUUGCUAAGGUUAAAAACAAGCUAACCGAUCACCAACAUAAAGUUACUGGCCUUGCAUUUUCUGUUGUUCUUAAUGUGCUUGUAUCAUCUGGAGCUGAUGCUCAGGGAAUAAAUAUGAGGAAAACCAAGAAAACGGAUCCAGGUCGCAGUGAUGCUUCGAAUGCACAAGAUGCUCCAACUGCACCUGAAGCUUCUAACCCAAUAGUUGCUACUUCAAGCGCUCCAUGUUUAGAUGUUGCAACAUUGGAGCAUAUGAUCCAGGAGACUGUUAAUAGAGCUUUAAGGAGAACCCCACCAGAAAGUACAAGUACUCCGGUGACAACAGUGAUGACCAAUCCCCCAGAAUUUAGCGGCACUAAUGAUCUAGUUGUAGUAGAACAAUGGAUAAAGUUGGUGGAGAAAGCUACUGCUGUAUUUCCUAUGAUAGAUCAAGAGAAGAUCUGGUAUGCUACAUACCUAUUGAGAGGAGAUGCUAUGACAUGGUGGGAGCUUAUGGAGCAGACUCAAGAUACCACCAGUCUCACUUGGUCAGGGUUCAAGGAAUUGUUUGAGAAGUAG